AUGAGUGCUUUGCGACCUGGAAGAGUGAAGGCGCUCGUACUGGCGACGCUCGCUUUGAUUCUAGUAUGCACCGUCCACUUUUACCGGUCUCCGAUCACCGCGUCCUCCACCGUCCCCCUAGUCCCAAACACAGCAUUCGAGGUUCCACUCGCCGAACGCCAGAAAGACUUCUGGAAAGUCCUUCGACCCAUAAUUGAACGCCACAAACCGAGUUGUCCUUCCCCGGAAAAGCGAGGCGACGCCGAAGCUCAGCACUUUGAUCCCACAAAAGACCUGCCCCGACCCGAUCUGACCGGCCUGGGCGAGGGAGAUGUGCACAAGAUGGAAGAAGCCCAUGCGGCUUUCAUCGAGGAUGUUAAGAACUCGGGCAAGGAGUUGAAGCCGAUUCAUACCCCAGGCAAGCGAGGACUGGUAUCAACAGCUGGUUCUACGUACCUGCCCGUUUUUGUCUCAUCACUACGCAUGCUCCGCCGCGCGGGGUCAAAGCUGCCGGUUGAACUCUACAUGAAGGAUGCCACCGAGCACGAGAAACAUCUUUGCAAUGAGGUGCUUCCCAAACUCGAUGCGCGGUGCUUGGUGCUGGCGGAUGUUGUGGGUAAAGAUAUCAUUGAACACUAUCAGCUCAAGAUCUUCGCUGUUCUUUUUUCGUCCUUCGAAGAGAUUGUCUGGAUGGAUGCGGACUGCUUCCCUCUCGGUAAACCCGAGGAACUGCUAGACUCGGAGCCAUUUAAGACCCACGGUCUUGUCACAUGGCCAGACUUCUGGGCUUCCUCCGCAUCACCGUUAUACUACAGGAUUUCACGCCAACAGGCACCAUCCAUGACUGCCAGACAAUCGUCAGAAACCGGAGCCUUCUUGGUCUCUAAGAAGACCCACUCCCUAGCUCUCUUGCUGGCGGCAUAUUAUAACUUUUACGGCCCCUCGCAUUAUUUCCGCUUGUUAAGUCAAGGUGGACCUGGCGAGGGAGACAAGGAGACCUUCAUUCAAGCUGCCUCAGCUGUAGGCGCCCCUUUUUACACUGUCAGUGAGAGGGUGCAAGCCAUCGGACACGCGAAUGCGGAUGGGCUGUCUGGAUCAGCUAUGGCACAAUCAGAUCCACGCGAGGACUUUGCCUUGAUCCAACAGGAUAAGUGGCGUGUAAAAGACGAGAUUUUCGGCUUGGGAUGGGAAACAACACCUACCUUGAAGGAGGACGGCUCAGAUGGACGCGCCUGGACGGCACCCCCACAGACCAUCCAGCGAUUUGGAUACGAUGUUGAAAGAGCUUACUGGGAGGAAAUCAAGUGGGUGAGCUGCCAGCUCGAAACGGCGUUCAAAACGUGGGAGAACAAAGUGGACCUGUGCAAGAGAGUCGAGGAAUACUGGAGCCAUGUCUUUGCUGAGCCGCAUGACGAUGAUCCCAAGUUUACCCUGGAUGGCUGA